AUGCUCUUCCCUCUUGUCCUUGCCCUCGCGGCGCUCCUAUCACCAGCCAGCGCAGCAACAUGGUACUUCCUGCGCUACAACCUCCCCUCCAGCCAAGCCUUCCUAUCCUUCUCUGGCACCAUGCAAAUCCCUAGGCUACCCAAAGCCGGCACCUACUACCUCUGGCCCGGCCUCCAGCCCACCGACAACUCGGGCGUGUAUCAAAACGUGCUUGACGGGCGCAGCGGCACGUGGUGGAUUGGCAGCGGGUGGUGCUGCCAGAACCCGAGUCUGCCCUGGGGAAGCGGGUUCAAUACGAAUCAGGGGGACAGCGUGGCGUUUAGCAAUGUGAAGGACGGGAGUAAUUGGCGCAGUACGCUGACGAAGGGGAGUCAGACGGUGACGGACACGUUUGCGCUCGGCAGCAAGACGUUCAACCAGGCGCUCUUUGCGAUUGAGCUGACGGGCGUUUCGUGGGAUUUUGGGCCACUGGUGUUUAAUAAUGUGGUCAUUACUUCGUCCGGCACGGAUACGAGGUGGUGCACCAACGCGCCGGAGAAUUAUAACAGCGCCUCGAAUUAUGCGUUGAGUGGGGUGCAGGCGAGUGUGAGUGGGAAUGUAGUGACGUGCAGGAUUAGUAGCGUAACGUUGCAGAGUCCGAAGUGA